AUGGCACAAGCAGGCAUCGAUCGGCUUGGCUGGACGUAUAUUGGGCUUGCAAUCGCCUGGACCGUUGCUCUGGCCGGUGGUAUACUCUUUCUUCACAUCCACCGAGAACUCCCAUGCCUCCGGAUCCGACGACUGCACGUCCUUUUCAUCGGCGUAGUCUCUCUGCACGUGUACGGUAUUCUGUGCAUCAUCGGCUAUGUCCUUCUGCCCGUGGCUCCGUGUAUAGCGGAGUUUUGGAUCAUGAGCAUUUACCUCCCCUUUGGCAUCGCCAUGUUCCAUGCCGCCAAUAGCCAAUUCCUGCAUAUUGCAAGCCGACAGAAGCAGUAUACGCACAUGAGCUCUUUGAGCGAUCAUCCGCCCAUGGAGCAAGAACAAGCUGAGCGUCUGGCCAACAGCCGUUGGAGGAGGAUCUUCCGUGGGGUGGAGAGAGCGGAUAGGAUCGAUCGGAUGAUGGUGUGCAUCGCCGUGGGCCUCGUGGUACAGUUCCUCCUCACUCUUUUCAUCUUCUUCGGUUCAAAGAAGUUCCAUCCCAGCUACGGCAUCUUUGACUAUACCGUCAAAGGUACGGCGUCAGAAGUGAGGAUGAAGUGCAGCAAGGGUUGGGAGUGGUGGCUUUCGAUCGUUUGGCAGUUCUUCUGGGCCUGGAUCUAUGCGCCGUACAUGCUGUGGAAGUCUCGCGGCAUUCGCGAUGUUCAUGGUUGGCGGAUCCAGACAAUCUGCUGCUGCCUCGCCGGUCUUCCCGCAUCUCCUCUAUGGCUUGUAGGCCUUUAUGUACCCCAAAUGGCACCGGUCAACGCCUACUUCGUCCCUCCUUGCUGGUUCGCAGUCUCGAUCUUUCUGAUGGAAGUCAUCACCAUCGCUUUUCCUAUCUUCCAAGUCUUCAAAACCCAAACGCUGCGUCAAGAGACUCUUGACGCUAUCGCUUCCUGGGAGAAGCGUCAGCAACUCAACAUCGACUCAGACUCCACCGUAGCCGAGCCUGAGAAAACGUUGUCCCUCGAGAGCGGUGCCUACUCAGGUAUGACUACCUUCAAAUCAGGCGAGCUAAGCCCCAUCGGCAAAUCCUCCUUCGACUCGCAGAAAUCCGACAUGUUCACCAUGGUUGCUCUCGAAAACGCUCUCCGCGCCAAUCCCGCUCCGCUACUUCAAUUUGCAGCCCUGAAAGACUUCUCGGGCGAGAAUGUUAGCUUCCUGACGCACGUUAUGGAUUGGCGGAAAGCGUGGCUUUCGCCAGCAUCCUCAACAGCACAACACCGUCAUAGUCAAUUCGUCGCCGCGGUCCGCAUAUACGCUCAUUUUGUUUCUCUCGAGUUCUCCGAAUUCCCAAUCAAUAUCUCUUCCAGGGAGAUGAAGAAUCUGCACCAGAUCUUCGAAACCACGGCCACUAUGCUCAUGCGAAAUCACUCCAUGUCUUCAUCCGAUUCGGUUACGCCUUUCGAUUGCCUGCCGCCAGACUCUGCUUCCACUACCGAUUUGAAAUCAGGCAUCAAUCUCGACACUCUCGGGCGCGCAAACUUGAGGUCGGUAUCACGAAUGACGGAGCUGGGGAGGCAAGAUGCGAUCGCAGAUAUUGCGGUACCAGAGGCAUUUACCGAGACAGUGUUCGACGCCGCUGAGCGCGAGAUCAAGUAUCUCGUCCUCACCAAUACGUGGCCCAAGUUCGUCAACGCCGGCUGCGGGACGUGCGAGAAGGAGAGGGAGCGGAGCGGUGAGGGGCAGCAAGCGAAUUGGUGGACGAGGCGCGUUCUCUGCUCGGCUUGA